GCGCAAUUGCCAACAAGUCGCCGUUGCGUAGCCCUAACUGCGUAUGACAAGGCCCUCACUUGCACAGCCACCCAACGUUUUCGCUCGACCAGGCGAGAAACGGUUUGGGAGCAAACGCUGAACGCAUCGCACCCCGCGACAGUGUCCAACAGUCAUGGCAGGUGCACUGCAACUUCAACAUAUAGCUCGGGCUGGGAAGGCUGGACUCUUCCGGUCGUGGGUUGCCCCAAAACCAGCAUGCCGACCUCACCUAUGCGCCAGUUUCCGAAGUCUCAGCGUAUCACCAUCCCCUACCACCCUUCACCGUCAUACGCUAUUCCCCCCAACUCUACGCUCACUCACCGCCGCCUUCCCUAAAAACGCAUCACCACAAGCACCGUUGCAAACACGCAGCGUGAGUGAGUGGCAACGAACAAAGGUUGCGUCGAAACGCAAGACGAAGAAGUAUAAACUGAAGAACCAUGGUGGGGCCGUGGCUAGGUGGAUGGUCUCCGGCGACGGCACGUUCAAGCGCGGGCAGGCAGGUCGCCGCCACUUGAACAGCAAGAUGCGGGUAUGGAAGCGGAAAUCGAAGAAGAGGAGAGUGUUGGCCAACACGACACAGAAGAAGCUGUUGAAGAAACUCGUGCCGUAUUGGAAGAAAAAGUACUUGCGAUGAAAAUCCGAUGUGGGAACGAUCGCUUCGAAUGAAAUUUGGUUAGCAGGACGUAGAAUAGAGUAGCCCGCUUGCGGGAGGGAGAUGCAUCGGAAUGUUUCCCGCCUUGAUGGAAGGUCUUCUCGUCUGCGGCAGAACAUCACCGGACUCGAAGGCAUCAGGGAAAGCAAUCGCAUCAUUUGCGCCUGAAAACGCAUCCGGACAGAGAUGCAGAUUCUCCUCCACCCGGCAGGAUAGCUGGGGGUUUCUGAUAGCAGUGCAGAGGCUGUACAUCACCAUGACUAUUUAAAACCAACACAUAUAUACAAUCCA